CAAAAAUGGAUAAAAGAUGGAGUCUUCAAGGGAUGACUGCUCUUGUAACAGGUGGAGCCAGCGGAAUUGGGCAUGCCAUAGUAGAGGAGCUAGCCUGUUUUGGAGCUAGAAUCUAUGUAUGCGACAUAUCUGAAAUACUGCUAAAUCAAAGUUUAAUUGAAUGGGAAAAGAAAGGGUUUCCAGUUAGUGGUUCAAUCUGUGAUGUAUCCUCACGUCCCGCUAGAGAAACACUUAUGCAGACCGUCUCAAUGAUGUUCGAUGGCAAGCUCAACAUUCUUGUGAACAACGUUGGCGGACUUCGCACAAAGCCAACAACAGAAUAUCUGGCUGACGAUUUCUCGUUCCAUAUUUCAACAAACUUAGAAUCAGCUUAUCAUCUUAGCCAACUUUCACAUCCUCUCCUAAAAGCUUCUGGAUUUGGAAGCAUUGUCUUUAUUUCUUCUGUUGCAGGGGUUGUAUCGAUGGAAGGUGGCUCUAUCUAUUGUUUAACCAAAGGAGCUAUAAAUCAACUAGCACGAAAUUUGGCGUGUGAAUGGGCACGAGACGACAUAAGAGCCAACGCUGUUGCUCCUAAUUUUAUCCAGACUGCUAUGGCUCAACCUCUCCUCGGAAAUGCCGGCUACAAGAAGAGCUUGUUUAAUAGAACUCCACUAGGUCGCGCUGGAGAGCCAAAAGAGGUUGCAUCCCUUGUGGCUUUUCUGUGUCUACCCGCAGCUUCAUAUAUUACUGGUCAAACCAUUUGUGUUGAUGGAGGUCUCACUGUGAAUGGUUUGUCCUAUCAGCAACAGGCUUGAGCCGAGAGCUGUGUUUGUGUGGCAAUUCAUUAUUGGAAUAUUUUUUCCACAAAUUAUCAAUUGAUGCAUUCAUAAUGAAUAAUGAGCUUCUUUAUCUUCGAUUUUCCUAAAUUGAGCAAGAAACUUUUAAAACCGUUCAUUUUCAUCGUUUGGAUAAUAUUUCAUCGAUCUUGCCAGUUCCAAAAUGAUUUACUCGAUUAUUAAAUCACUUAUUUAAUAUUA